AUGACCAAAUCCUGGAACCCUCACGUCUCCCAUUACAAAGCUACCCUGACUAUGCACACUGUCAACUCUCGUGACAGAAGCCCUUUUUCGUCGAUCGAAGCACUUGGGGAGGCCUUGAGGAGGACCCCACCGCCAGCAUUGCCGGCACGAGAUGAAAAUGCAUCUCCUCCCCCGGCGACCGACCCUUUCUACCUUCCACGUCUAGGCAAAACGCACGCCUCUGACAUCCAUCUCUACGAGCGCUUUGUGGGAUGGUACGAUUUCUGGAACAUGCACAAGCGCAUAUUCCUCAAGUAUGGCUAUCUCGACAACCCUCUCUACGAGGUCAUCAACGCCGCCGACAUCGACUCGGACCAUCUCCCUAGCCUUUGUCAAGUCCCCUCAAUCCUCCACAUGCAGUCGGCGGUCAGGGAUCUCUGCUGGAAUGAGAAGUCACGCGUCACCAAUGUUGCGAGAGGGGGGCUGAAUAGGCUCAUCAUCUGGGUCGAGAUUAACCGUGUGGUUUGGCUGCCGAGAGAUUGGUUCGAGAAUUUGAGGGUGGAGGGCGGAGGGGUUGUGGGGAAGGAUAACGGAAAGAGGUACAUUACUGCGUGUACAAGUAAGAAGGAUAAGUGGUAUGCCACGAAAAGGGAACAGCUUGCUGGUUUCUCUAUCCUCAGCACUCGGCCUUCGGUGACAGGAGCCUGA